AUGAACCUCAGGUUUCCCUCUCGCUUGGUCCUUCCCGUGAUUUUUGCGUUUCUUUCGGUUUCGCAUCACGCGACGACGUUGGCUUUGAAAGAUAACUUGGGGAAAAGUAUCGAUUGGUUUUCGGAUCGAAAGUGCUUCGGGGGGGACUUGGUGAAGUCGACAAAGUUUGGAUAUUACGACGAUGUGGAAUUCGCGGAGAAGAUGAAAAACUCCAAGAUCAGAACGCUGUGGGAGACCGCCAAUGAGCUGGGGGGGAGGACGGUCGACGUCCUGAUUAGUCGGUGCGAAUUGGAUGGUGAGACGGACGAUCCAAAGAGGAAUCCAUUCUUUAGAAUGAACGACGCGAAGACUUUUCGAUGCGCGUCGAACGUUCGUUUUUACGUGUAUGAAAAGUGCGCAAGCAAGUACACGGUACCGAAGAACGCCAAGGAUUGCGUGACGGUGGUGGAUGAUUCAGACAGUCACACGUACAGUGGCAUUCCAGGGACUUUAUUCACGCACGUGCUGAAAAAAUGGGACAAUGGACUGGCAGAUUUCACAGUCGUGCUUAAAGACGGUAGGAAACACCUUCACGGAGGAGACGCGAUUUUGAACUUGGAGAUGCACCUGUCGACCAUAACUAACUGUACCGGGUUUAUGAACGUUGGGGACGUUCCUGCAAAGGUGCAGGGUAAGAUUCCGAGAAAAAAUAGGGAUAUCAGGGCGAUUGGGACUUACGUAUCUAAGCGCAUCCCCUCGAAGGUAAACGCGCAAGGAUUGGACAACGUGGCGAAGUUCGCGAGGAAGUUCAACCUGCACUAUUGCGAGAAAUUUGAGAGGUAUACGUGCAAAAAGUGCGAGGGUGCUUUGGUCUCUUUGAGACAACAGUCUCUCAUUUCGAAGUCGAGAAUCAAGAGACUUUCGAAAUCGGAAUACUAUCUUUUGCAAUCUCUAACAAGAACGAAAGAUAAUACCGUGCGAGAGGACGGAUUCGGAUUCGAAAAGCUGUACUCGAUUCUCUUCGCGUGCUAUCAGAAACUGACGCCGUCCUUGAUUGGUAAGCUUAAAAAAAAUCGGUUUCCACACAUUGUCUGCGAUGACAACGAGUUGAACGAGUGCGUAGAUGUAAAUAAUUCAAAAUUUUAG